GGGCGGUAAAGCUCAUGUGUAGGCAGGGUUGACUUCCUGGUUGGCCGUGCUGGGUUUUGUUGUCCCACCGCCCGCAGAGCUUUCUGGACCCGACGGAGAAGCAGGCCUGUUUUUUUUUAAAGGCUCGGUCCUCGGUUGUAGGUCACACACGGAUACCACACUAACAAAAUACACCUCACUGAAAAAAAACCGAGGUGGUGUUGAGAGCGGGAACCGAGCCACGGGGCAGUGGAGAGCAGCUGCCCGGGGAGCAGUGAGGUUAGCCGGGACUGAGCUAUCAGGCGGAUCCGCGGUGGAGACUCCCACUCUCACUUCUCUCUUUUUUAACUUCACAAACCUCCAAACUACGAGAGGCCUUCAAGAAACUUCUGUAGACGAGUCAGGAGACGGCGAGCAUGCGGUCGGAGCCGCGGGCGUUGUAGGAUGAAGAGCCCGGCUCACCGCACCAGGGACAUCGAGCGGCAAGCUGGGUACCUGAAGCCCGAGCACUGCGCCCCUCCCCCGCCCCGCACCAGCUCAGACACCAUGUGGUUCAUCCGCGACGGCUGCGGCAUCGUGUGCGGCAUCAUCACCUGGCUCCUGGUCUUCUACGCCGAGUUCGUGGUGGUGUUCGUCAUGCUGCUGCCUGCCAAGAACGUGGUCUAUAGCCUCUUCAACGGGGUGCUGUUCAACGGCCUGGCCUUCCUCGCCCUGGCCUCUCAUGCCAGGGCUAUGUGCACAGACCCGGGAGCCGUGCCUAAAGGGAACGCUACCAAAGAAUUCAUCGAAAGCCUGCAGCUCAAACCAGGACAGGUGGUCUACAAAUGUCCCAAGUGCUGCAGCAUCAAGCCUGACAGAGCUCACCACUGCAGUGUGUGUAAACGCUGUAUCAAAAAGAUGGACCACCACUGUCCCUGGGUGAACAACUGUGUCGGAGAGAACAACCAGAAAUACUUUGUGCUCUUCACAAUGUACAUUGCACUAAUUUCCUUCCAUGCACUAGUCAUGGUGGCUUUCCAUUUUUUGCUCUGCUUUGAAGAAGACUGGACAAAGUGCAGUAACUUCUCCCCACCAGCAACGGUCAUCCUCCUCAUCCUCCUCUGCUUUGAGGGUCUCCUCUUUCUGAUCUUCACUGCAGUCAUGUUUGGGACUCAGGUUCACUCCAUCUGUACCGACGAGACGGGUAUCGAGCAGCUGAAAAAGGAGGAGAGAAGAUGGGCCAAAAAGUCUAAAUGGAUGAAUAUGAAAGUGGUGUUUGGCCAUCCGUUCUCUGUGGCCUGGCUGAGUCCGUUUGCUACACCCGACCACGGCAAGGCAGACGUGUACCAGUACAUAGUGUGAGAGCUGGAAACUAAACUGUGGACUCAGACUGACUUAGACUGAUUAGUCCUGGUUUGCCCUCCUAUUGGCUGGACCUCAACGAGCAUGAACUCCUUUCAACCACUUCUCCAUUUUCUUUCAUUUAUGGAUAUUUCACUUAUUGAAAUUUCAGGGUAUUCUGUUGUAAGCUAUUACAUUGUUUUUUAAACUACUGUCACCUUCUUUUACAUUUUAUAGUUUCCCUCUUGGUGCUGACUGAGAUUAAUGAGGUGUAGCUGUGCAAAACAAACCAACAAAAAAAUUCAAACUAAGCAGUGACAACUUGACAAGAAGCACUUGAUAAUAAGAGUUGGUGAAACGACACCAAGAGACUGAGUUCUGCCUUCUCCGGGGGGAAAGUUUCCUGCAUCAUUUCCUGCUUCCAUGACUAAAACAAUGUGAACUGAAGUCCAGAAUGUUUCCGUACUAAGUGGCACAGUCCAGGUGCCAAGAUUGCCGCCCGGCUUUUGUCAUCCCGUAAACAUCGCUGUUGUGAUCCAGUCACUUGUUGUUUUGCUGUAUUCUUGUCAAAGCAAUAGUCUCUUGCUGGAUGCUGCGCAUGAUUUGCCUUAGAACAGUGCAUUGGUGAACAGUGGCAUCUGCUAUUUUUAAAGAAAUUUCUAUUAUUUUUUGCCUUAAUGUGACAGUCAGGGUGAGACUGGUUAAUACAACGAGUUUGUCGUAUCUUUCUUUGGUGAUAGAUAAGUGGAUUCGUUCAGGUCAUCUAAAGAAUGUAUUUUGAGAGUAACUUUUAUCAAGUUUUCUUUUAACUUACAUCGAUUUUUUGUCUGCACUAAACUCCACCUAUCUGGCACUCCAAGAAAGUUAGAAUUAAUCACACGCAAGAGCAGUUUGAGUGUGUUUUAUUGCCGUUUAGAAGGGCCAUUAGCCAAGUUUGGUCAAAGGCUGUAAGACAGAGAGCAGCAUUAGCUUCGCAGUAGCCAGUUAAAGUUAUAAUCCUUAAGAUUUCAGGCCUGGUUGACUUGGUAACCCUGUGGUUGCAGCAAGUGUGGUUUAAUCUUCCAGCAGACGCUCGUCGAGCAGCUACUUUAUCAGAAACACAACAGAGGACCAACUUGUUAAUAUGUUUACAGUGAAAGUUGAAUGUUAUUAAUGUUAAACAGCAGUAGGAAAUAUUGGAGCAGUAACUUAACAAAGCUCUGAUGCAGUGUCAGGAGAGGGAACAGUUAACACUAGCCUGAGUUUUCAUCCAAAUUUGGCGCAAAUCUUAAAUGAAUUCCUGACAAAUUGUCAAAAGAAUUUCCAGUAUUUCCACUCAAGUGUUUUUACACACAGAUUUAAAGUAAAAUAGGUGGAUGGAAAUGCAUUUAAUGAGGCUGAUAGCAGUUAGAUAAAAUUAGAAACAGUGAUGCUGGAUUACAUGGCUCAUUUUCUGUGAAUCCUUCAUGCAUGUUAAGGCGGUUUGAAUACAGAGCGCGAAUCAUGGACUCCACCACAGUUUACAGAAAGGUAAAUACUGGGUUUAAGUGUAUGUGGAUAGCUAACACAAAUAAUAUAAAAAAUGUAGGUUUAUUUCAUCCGAAUCUUAAGGAUUAUAACUUACAAAUCUGAGACUUGGCAGGUGAACAAAGUCUUGUUUCUAGUCCAAAAGGCAGCACACCUUGUAAAAGUUUUAAAGCGACACUUUAACCAGUCUCCUUGUGAUUAUUUGACAAGUAUGUGCUGUAAAUGUAGACGACGUCUUUGCUCGAUAACCGUCACAGUCACCAGCUCAGAUGGAAAGUCAGGGAAUAAAGCAAUACACAUUGCUCUCUGAAUGCACUGACCCUAAGUGUAAUUCACUUCCUCUCAACUGAUGGAAUUUGCUUAUGGAUAAUCCAGUUAGUUUGUCAUAGAUUAUAGUUGUGGGCCUGACUAAAGGGGGAAAAAAGCCUUACAGGAUCAAGUGUUUAAAAUUUAGGCCAGUGGAAAAUGUUCACUGAGGCUGAAAGACCAUGUUAAAAAUGCACAUUUACAUUGUCACAGCUGUGGACAAAGCCAGGCCCCCCCAGUGUGAAGACAAGACUGGAUUUUACCUGUGGUGAUAAAAAAAAAUGAUGCAGAUGGGAAACAGACCACUUCAGAGCAUUUAACACUAAAAAGGCCUUUGCCCAAAUGUGUUCGAGCGCCUUACUGUAGUAUAAAUUAAUGCUUUUGAAGACGAGGAAACAAAUUAUUAGAACGUAGCCUACAUGUUGCCAAACUGAAUGCUUAAUGAACAGAGGCAGUGAAGUAACCAUUUCAAGUGUAGUGCAUUGUUAAGAGUGACAUUUUCUUAGGCUUUUAAAAUCACUGGAGUUUUUAAAAAAAUGUAAAAAAAAAAACCUUUAAUGUGGAGAUGCAACCGUUGCUAUCCAGUUUACACAUACAGUACACCAGCUUCCUUCUUUUUUUUGAAAUAUUCAGUAUGUUCUGUGUGGUCAGGUAUGAAUACUAUUUAUAGUACUUACUGUGGACCACGUGAUUUUAUUAUUAUUUUUUGACUGGUUUUUGUUCUAAGGGGAAUGAAAUAAAACUCUAUGUAUGUA